UUGUAUCAAGUGCAGAUAUACAGUAAAUGAAUAGAAAUGCAAAUUAAAAUCGAAAUCUUCAUUUCUCAGCAAAAGAAAAUAUUUUUGGUGGGGAUUUUAUUAUUAUUAUUUCCAUAUUUUGUUUUUGAUAUAUUACAAUACUGAUAACUAAUUAUUUUGUUGACCCUAAUAGUGAUGAAACGUUAUACAUUUUAUCUCAAGUUGCGUGCAACGAGAUGAGAUUGGGGAGUGGAAAUUGCAUUCCACCACUCCUUUGUAUACUCCAUGUGAAUAGCCUUUUACAUGGGGCUUUGUGGGAUUGAUUGUCAAAGGCUUAAUGAGCGUCUUAACCAAGCCAGAGGCUUUAGGCAACAUAUGUGACCACAGUGCUUGUGUUCCUCUAUAUCAAGCCAGCAUGACACAACACAAAGCCAGCUCAGCACUUUACAUUUUCUGCUAGUUUACUAACAAAAACAUUCUGUUUUUUUCUGGAUGUUGUUGCCAUUAAAGGGAAUAUAUACCCUGUUUAUGGGGAUCAGAGCAAAGGAAGAUGUCACGUGUUGUACCACAUUUUCAGUACACCAGAGACAAAAACUGAGGGAUCAUUGGAAAGGACCUGUUUCUUGACAUCUAAUACCAACAAUGAAAACCAUGACACGACAGAGAAGAUUGAGAAUAAGUGGCAUUCUUGCAUCAGUCACCUUUAUCUGUGCCUUUCACACAACUUCAGCUAUUGACAUCCCCCUGGAAGUUGAGCAGCUGCCUACCAUCACUGACCAGUCGCCAAGCUCCCUCAUUGCCUUCCCAUUUGAUGAAAGUUAUUCCAUGACAUGUGAAGCCAAAGGAAAUCCCGAGCCAGAAUUCAGAUGGACGAAAAAUGGCGAGGAAUUUGAUCCCUCUUUAGACCCCCGCCUGAUGAAAGAAGAGGAUUCUGGGACUUUUGUGAUACCUAAUAAUGGGAACCUUACAGAGUACCAGGGAACCUAUCUUUGUUAUGCCUCAAACAAACUAGGGACUGCCACAUCCAAGGAGAUUGAAUUUGUUGUUCCUCAUGUCCCUAAGUUUCCAAAGGAAACACUUGAUCCUGUUGUGGUUGAGGAAGGGCAGCCUUUUACUUUAAAAUGUGACCCACCCAAAGGAAUACCGCCUCUGCAGAUCUAUUGGAUGACUAUCAACCUUCAACAUAUAGAACAAGACGAGAGAGUGUCUAUGGGCUUGAAUGGAGAUCUGUACUUUUCUCAUGCGGUGGAGAAGGACAGCAGAAGAGAUUAUUGCUGCUUUGCUGCUUUCCCAAGAAUACGAACCAUUGUUCAGAAGACAGCCAUGUCAGUCAUUGUCAAGACAAAAAAAGGUCAUGGCAUGAGUCCUGAAAUUGCCAACGCUAUCCUGCAGCGGAGACCCUUGCUUAUGAUGCCCUCUGGUGUCAAAACAGAGAAACAUCUUGUCAGAGGAGAGGAUUUAAGACUGGAAUGCAUUCCUGAGGGCUUUCCAACCCCACAGGUUGAAUGGGUCAAAAUGGGUCAUAAGCUUCCAGUUAAAGCCAAAGUGGAAAGUCAUGGAAAAUUGCUAAUUGUACCAAGUGUUGAGCAAGAAGACAGCGGAAAGUAUAUGUGCAAGGCUAAGAACAGACUUGGAGAAGUAGUCCACUACUUCACAAUAAACAUUGAAGAGCCUCCAGAGUGGGUGCUGGAGCCUGAGAGUCAGCUUAGUAUGAUUGGCUCCAAUGUGCUCAUCAAGUGCUCAGCGACAGGGACUCCCCAGCCAACUAUAACUUGGAGAGUGAAUGGUCUGCCUUUGCAUGAAGCCCCAGCAACAAACAGGAGAGUGUUUGAUGACACCAUCAUUUUGCACAAUGCCCAAGCAUCAGACAGUGCAGUCUAUCAGUGCCAAGCAUCCAACAGACAUGGUACCCUACUUGCUAAUGCAAACAUCAUGGUUAUGAAUCUCUCUCCAAUGAUUCUUACAAAGGAAGGGGAGGAUUACUCUGCUGUGGAAGGAAGAGGAGUGACGAUGCACUGCAACGUCUUCAGCUCUCCACCAUCUACUAUCACUUGGAACAAAGAUGAUUCCUCUCAAUCUUUGGUGGGUCCAAGAUAUACUGUCCAUGACAAUGGAUCAUUGGAGAUCUACACUACAGAAAAAGAAGAUACAGGACAAUAUACAUGUUAUGCCAAAAAUACAGAGGGAUCAUCUGCCAUUGAAGCUUCACUUUAUGUAAAAGAUCCUACAAGAAUAACAGUUGCCCCAGAAGACCAGCAGAUCCUAAUAGGCACCACAGCCCAGCUCUCAUGCCUGGCAGAAUACGACAAGUCCUUCAGCAACGACUUUGAGCUCCUGUGGGAAAAAGACGAUAUGGACAUAGGUUACAAUUAUACAGAGAAUUCAAGAUACUUUGUGGAGGAUGGUAUCCUUCAAAUAUUCAAUGUAAGCCACAGGGAUCAGGGUGUGUACACAUGUGUGGGUAGAACUCCAGUGGAUCAGGACAGUGCCUCUGCAUUGCUCAUGGUUUUAGAUGUCCCUGAUGCACCUCAGCACUUGGUACUGUCAGAACACAAGACUAAAAGUGUGAAACUGAAAUGGACCCCAGGGAAUGAUCACAACAGCUCUACCACAGAGUUUAUUAUUCAAUACGAGGAGAGCCAGUGGGAGCCUGGAAAUUGGAAGGAGCUGCUCAGGGUACCUGGGAAUCACAUUUCGUCCAUCCUCAAACUCCACGGUCAUGUCGACUAUCGUUUCCGUGUGGCUGCUGUUAACAGUGUUGGGAGGGGUCCUCCCAGUGAGCCCACAGAGAGAUACAAAACCCCUCCAACAGCUCCUGACAAGAACCCGGAAAAUAUCAAAAUUGAAGGUACUUUGCCACAUGAAAUGGACAUCAACUGGGAGCCACUGUUGCCAAUUGAACACAAUGCGCCAGGUCUUGAGUACAAAGUAAGCUACAGACGUCAGGACUUGGAGGAGGACUGGAAGGAACAAAUCGUGAAGAGACACUCAUUUGUGGUAAAGAAAACACCCACAUUUGUGCCCUAUGAGAUUAAGAUCCAAGCAAAGAACAACCAGGGUUGGGGCCCAGAGCCAAAGGUUGUGACUGGAUACUCUGGUGAAGAUUCUUUCUUUUGGACUUGUCCCCAGGAGACCAGCACAGUUCCGUCAGCUGCACCUGAGGAUGUAGCUGUGGUGGUGAUGAACAGCUCAGUGGUCAAGGUCAGCUGGACUCGUGUAAACAAGGACAAGUUGCAUGGACAUCUGGGAGGCUACAGGAUAAACUGGUGGCGUCUCCGAAGUCUGGUGGAUUUGAAGAAAAGCCAUGGAGAAAAACACACACUAACAUUACCGGGUGACCGCAACCAUGCCGUCAUACCAAGACUACAACCCUUUUCCGAGUACAGUCUCAUCGUCAUGACCUUUAAUGGUCGCGGCAAUGGUCCUGGCAGCCAUCCUGUUAAUUUCAAAACCCCAGAGGGAGUCCCGGAAAAAAAUCCUGUUUUCAGGAUCACAGAUACACAGAGGCAUGCUGUCUCUCUGGCUUGGGCCCCACCUUCAGAGCCAAAUGGGAUUCUGACAGGAUAUCUUUUAGAGUAUCAGCUAAUUAACAACACAGAGGAAGUCGGACAACUGCAGUCUAUUGACAUCAGCAAACCCGACACGACCAAAUGGACUCUGCGGGACUUGGAGCCUUUAAGCAAAUACAAGUUCCACUUGCGUUCUUGCACCACAGUAGGCUGUGGACCCAUUAUCAGUGAAGAAAGCACAACCACCCUUGAAGCAAGAAAAUCAGCUUCUCCCUCACCUUCAAGCACUCCCAAGUCCCCUUUGACCAAAUCCACUCAAUCCACCAUAGGUCUUGCAAGCAUCCACGGAGGAAUAUCUAACCAGGGCUGGUUCAUUGGCCUCCUGUGUGCCAUUGCUCUACUCACACUCAUUGUGUUGAUUGCAUGUUUUGUCAACAGAAAUAAAGGAGGAAAGUAUUCAGUAAAAGAAAAAGAGGACCUUCAUCCUGACGUGGAGUCCCAGGGAAUGAAUGACGACACAUUUUGUGAAUACAGCGACAAUGAUGAGAAGCCACUAAAAGGCAGUCAGUGCUCUCUGAGCAGAGAGAUCAAAGCAGGGGACAGCGGCGACAGCCUGGUAGACUAUACUGAAGAAGAUACUCACUUCAACGAAGAUGGCUCCUUCAUAGGCGAAUAUGCAGGCCGUAAGGAGAAGAAAGUUUCAUCUGAGAUCAAAGCCACUGCUCAGAGCCCGGCAUGAGCAGCCUGACUUCCAUCCAUCUUCAACCAUGCACACUGUUUUCAUUAAACCUACUCAGAGGGACAAAUGGCAGUGAACACGUUAGUGAUUCAGGGCACACGUUUUGUGUCAAAUACGAUGGCACCAUUCACAUUGGUACUGUCAUCCUCAUUUUCUAAUGCCCUUGUUUGUUUGGUUGCAACAGUCUAGUGACCAUUGGUAAUAUUGUAUAUAUGAACAUACUGUCGGUAUACAAAUAUACAGUUGUGUUCAAAAUUAUUCAACCCCCACUGCUCUAUAGUGUUGUAGCAAAUCUAGAGUUUUCAUUUUUUUAAAAAUAUUAUCUCUAAACAGAUCAGAAAUAGGACUUAUAAUAGAAAUAGGACUAAGUUUUAAAUUGAUUAUCAAUAAGAUUAAACAUAUAUUGUAUGUCAUACUGCAAUACUAUACUGCAAUAGGGUUGAAUAAUUUUAAACAUGAAUAAGAUUAAACAUAGAUGUCAUACUGCAAUACUAUACUGCAAUAGGUUUGAAUAAUUUUAAACACAACUGUAUAGGGGGGGUGCGUGUGUGUGUAUAUGCACACAUCAGUCAUAUGCUGUAUAUGAAGAACAUGCUUUUAUCAUUAUUACUACAAUAAAAUGUAGUGGGCUUGUUUUUAAUUGUCAUUGUUGGUGUUGUUGGUUUUACACAAAGUUCCCCUCCCAGCGGCAAUUUUUUUUUUUUUUUUUUUUUUAAUGAACGCAAAUUUAUGAAGUCAAUGUAUUUUUUUGUCAAGCAAAUUUGUGAUUGUUUAUAUGUAUUUGGGACACAUGAAAAAUAAGAUCUAAUAUGUCUGUAAAAUGUUACCUAUUAACUUAUUUGCCAGUGAUAUUUUAUUGGACAUAAGUAUUUUUGAGUCCCAUUUCUCAUGGUGAUGUUUGAAGUUAAAAUAUUGUCAUUAUGCCUCAUAGGAACUGUAGGGAUUAUUGAUUGUUUGCUAUAACGGCCCAGUUUACAAAACCCCAUGAAUGUAUAGAAUAGGUACAAUUUUGUGACACUGAAAAUCGGAACAUAUAUUUGUUCAAAUUGCAUAAUUUAAAUGUAUCAACGUAUGAAAACAAUUAGUUUUACAAAUAUAAACAUUUGAUCACAAAUGACGCAUCCAUUUUAUUUGACUUAAAACCUAGCGCCAUAAUCACUGCAUUGUUUUAUUUAAAAAAAAAAAAAAAAAAAUACCAUUUUGCAUGUUCAGAAUAUUAAUUUGUCCAUAUUGAUGUAAUAAAUUGCUUUUUUCCUACAUUUUUUAAAUGACUUGCUUGCAUGUUGACUCAUCUCUUGGGUUAAAAGUUGUUUAGGUGCAGUACAUACAGGUAGCAACCCAAAAAGCAUCAUUAAAAGACAAUAUAAAAAUCUGCUAAGACUCGCUGGUAAACCACACAAAAAUUAAUACACAUAAGAUAAUUAUUUUUCAAAUUGAAAGAAGCUGACUCUUCCUAUCUUCCUUGUGACUCUAGCCAAACCCUUCAUAGGGUAGGAGUUAAAUAUAUUGUUGGAACAUUUGAAGCACUCCAUAAGAAGUCAAAGGCAAUGAAACAGAGAGUUAGCUGUAAUUAUGUCAAAUUG